AUGGGCCGUGCUUUAUUCCUUCAUAUUUAUGAUGUUGUACAAAGGCAUGACAAUUACUUCGUCCAACGAAGAGAUGGACUCGGUAAGCUUGGGUUAUCGGGUCUACAAAAAGUAACAGCCGUAAUUCGAAUGUUGGCAUAUGGUGUACCAGCAGAUGCUACCGACGAGUACAUCAAAAUAGGAGAAUCUACUGCUUUGGAAAGUUUGAAACAAUUUUGUCGUGCUGUUAUCGAGGUCUUUGGAACCCGCUAUCUCCGAUCACCUAAUGUUGAUGAUGUUGCAAGGCUACUACACGUUGGUGAAAGUCAAGGUUUUUCAGGAAUGUUGGGUAGUUUAGAUUGUAUGCAUUGGAAAUGGAAAAAUUGUCCUACGGCUUGGGGAGGACAAUACACUGGUCGUAGUGGAUCUCCGACUAUUAUUCUUGAAGCUGUGGCUGACUAUGAUCUUUGGAUAUGA